AUGGCACCGCCAGGAUUCGGCCCGCCAGGUUAUUCUAUCCCACAGCGCUACAGGCACCGUGAAGCCCCGCCACAAGGGGCUGACACGAACACACGCCCCUACCUGAUCUUCUUCUCCUACCUAGGAACCUGCGUUUCUGUGACUGUCUUCAUCAUCUUGAAGAUUUUGAAGAGAUACUCUGUAUUGCAAAAGUCAACAACCGCACAGCCUCCACCAAGGAAACAUGUCUGGCUCUUUACGGCGCUGGCUGUUGGUAGCCUGGCGACCACGUGGUCCUUCAUGGUCCAGUACUUCAGCAUCUCGUACCAGACUUGGCUGAUGUGGCGGAGUUACCUUGAGCUGGAUCCGCAUCAUCGCCAUUGGGGCUUGUGGUUGAGAGAAACGAGCUUGUUCAAGGAGGCGUGGGAGACUCUGAUUGUGGGAACAGCAAGGUAUUGGUGGUCACAUCAAAUAUUCUUUUUCGCGCUCGGCCUUGGGUUGUAUUUGGAGCAGAAAGGUAUUCGUCGGGGUAUCAAGUACACCUGGGCCUUCAUGCUCCUCGGUCAGAUCGUGGCAAUCAGCUUUGCUACGAAUCUGUUCUUUCUCACUCUUCUCCUGAGCCCGCCGGCACCCCCGCCUCCAUCUUCUGGGGUCUACCGUCGGAAAUGGCUUGGUCCAUGGCUCCUCAAUCUAGUCGCCAUCCUGGCCACCACGUAUCCUGCUCUUCUACUUGCUGAUGAGCACUACUGGCACCAUCCUACGGCAUUCAUGCCUGUACUUCUAGCACCUCAUGUUGCCUUACUGGUUCUGCCCUUCGCACGUGCGAUCCUCCCGGCCAAGUACUUCAACGACAACGAUGUUGAUUUCACCGAUAAGGUCUACAAUUACAUGUGGGCACUUGUGCUGGGAAAUGCUGGGCUCAUGUUGCUAAGAGCUACCGCUUCAUCCUAUGCGUACAGCGGCUUCCGAGGCAUCCGGGAUGCGCUGCUAGAACAUCCUGUCGUGAGCACCGUUGGCUUUGAUGUUAUCUUCUGUUGGAUCACAUGGAUUUGCUGGUACCAAACGCAGAGCACGACCACGAACACCAAUGUAAAGGAGCGCUUUGUCGGAACCGAUGGCGGGCUUGUUGGAGAUGCCUCAAAUACAGCUGUUGGUGCUAGUGGGUAUGAUGGUGGAGUUCGUCGUCGCUAA